ACACUGCUGUUUCUGCGGCUCCGCGGGUGCCAAUUGUCGUCGUCGUCGGGUUCUUUAACGGAUCACGAGUUCCACGUCGGAGUCGAGAUUGAAACAGAGAGGAGGCGGGUGCCGAGGCAGAGGUGUUGUUUUGUGCAGACGGGAAAGACAGGAGAGGAACUCCGUUGCGGCUAGAUAACGAUAAGAAAAAUUCAGACGUCAAUGGUACGGCGUGGCUCGACAAGGUGACGAGUGCAUGUGUAAAUGAUCAACAGAGAGAGUAGUGGGGCUCGAUCGUAGUUGGCCGAGAGAUAGAGAGUGGACAGCCGAAAAGUAAGGAGCUGCCGACAACGGGAAGGGUAUUGCAGGAGGCAACAAAGGCUACGACGUGACGACCAGGUCAACGACAACGACGACCACGGCCAAGAUACGACAACCACGGCAACGAUCGCGAAAACGGAAUUACGGCAAUCCUGCAUAGACGUCAUUGUUCUCUGAUUCAUCUAGAGAUCCCUAGAUACUCGCAUCGAACGGGAUCGUUAAGUAUCGCACAGUCACGCGCCACCGCGUACAUCAGCGCCACGAGAUGGAGAGGCGAGCUGCUUUUGUGCUGCUGCUGGGGAUGCUAUAUUUAGCGGGCACCCUCGUCACGGUCCAGGCAGUAACCUACAAGGGAGCAACGGUCGUGCACGAGAAUCAGCCUUGGUCGAUCGAGUGUAGCGACUUGAAGCAGGACAAUUUGAUCAGAUGGACCAGAAACGGACAGUCGUUAGAACCAGAGCUGGCGAGUGGUCAGCUAACCGUCCAGUCGCCGGUAGGAACCGGAAGCAGCAUCCUCCGGGCGAUACAUGCCACCGAUAACCACGACGGGGACUAUAAAUGCACCCAGGAUAGCGACGAGUCCUUCCAUCUCUGGAUAUAUUUUGAUAUCAAGAUCAGAGUACUUACACCCAAGGAUGUUCCAAUGAUACUAGAAUGCGCGAAUAAAAGCGCAGGGGAGAAGUUACAGUGGUUCAAGGAAAAUGUUCCCAUUCAUACAGCAUUGGCUGGUAACGAGGAUUUAAUCAAGAUAGAUAAUGAAACAGGCAUCCUGGAAUUUCUAACUUUCCCACGAAAGGAAAACUCAGAAGUCUUGUAUGGGAAUUACACUUGUAAAGGAACAAAUUCUUCCACAGAGUAUAGGAUCGUACAAAAACCCACUGCACACCUUCCUGACUCAACAAGCGUAGUCGAGGGAGAGAAGCUGCAUUUAACAUGUGCCGGUAAACAGAGUCCUGGUAUCAAAGUAUCAUGGACGUUCGGGGACCAGAAUUACACUCGCAGCACUGGUCGCGUUAAGCUCGGAUGGGACCACGAAAGGAACAUUUACGGAGCGAUUCUGAUGGUCGAUAAUAUCGAGAUGAACGAUCGUGGCAACAUUUUCUGCAGAGUAUCCUAUAAUUGGUCUGAUACCGCUGAAAGUCACAUAGCAGAGGCCCAAACAUUCCUCAGGGUCAAAGACAAGCUUGCCGCACUCUGGCCCUUCUUAGGCAUUUGCGCAGAAGUCGUUGUUCUGUGCGCCAUCAUCCUAGUCUAUGAAAAGAAACGAAACAAGGCUGAACUCGAGGAAUCUGAUACUGAUCAGAGCCCUGACACCAAACCAACGCCCAACAAGGACUCUGACGUUAGGCAAAGAAAGUGAAGGAACAAAUAACAAGCGGCGGAUGAACGAGAGUGAUGCAGGAUAAUGGAACGAACAUAGGGGAAUGAUCAUGUUACACUUGUCGGGACGACAGUAUAGAUAACUGUUACAAAAAAAGGAGAGACAACGGGACAGAACAAGAAAAAACAAUUCCGAAACGAUAGAAAGACAUCAUUCGAAGAAGAAAUACGAGUAUAGAGAGUAAGAAACAAAAUAGUAGAGAAAGAAAUGAUGUAACGUUCUAUGUGGACAGGUUUAUCUCGAAAAGUGAGAUAAUCUCAACAACCCAUCCCCCCCCGACCGUUCGAGUGCAUACCUGCGUGGAAACACAGGCUUGCCUGUGCAUAGAGAAUGGUAGCGCGCGCGGAAUUACAAUUUACUAACAGAUUAAAUUAAGCCUUACUAUCGUGUUCACUCCAUUUAUCAGAUGUUCGCCUGUCCGUACUCUCUUACUACACUGCUUUGAUCGACGAUCGAGAACAAAAGAAAAAAAAAAAGGAGAGAAAAACGAUAAAAAAAAGAAAGGAUAAAGGAGAAACAAUGUACUGCUGAUCUUACGCGUUGUAUGUGUCUAUAAAUAGAUGCGCGAGAGGAUUAUAAAAAAAAAGAGAGAAUAUGGUUAGGAAGAAGAGGGAAAAAGAGAAAAGAAUUGUAAGGGCGUGAAAGAAAGGGCGUUUUAAGUAUGCAUGCGUGCGUCUGUGUGUGAUUGUAUACAUUCGAGUGAAUGUAGUAGCGAUGAACAGAAGAAAAAAAAAAAAAACAAAAGAGAAAGGAGAAAUUAAUCAGAACGGUGCAUACUCGCCAAAAGCAAACGUGCACGAGAACGAAAUGAAAAAUUUAUUUUUAUUAUAUUUACUGCUUGUACGAAUUUAAAUACAUACACACACACAUACAUACAUACAUACAUACAUUCAAGGCGCAUUUAUUCGUUAAGAUACUUUCCACAAGGGUACUGUUCCUUGUACUCUUCAGGGACAAAAAUAUAAAUUCACUGUUCUGUUUCGUGCCUUUUGGCGGGCAUGUCCGGUACGCGAUUCAGAGCGUGUAGGCCCUUGUUUCUCAUACUUCGCACUAUGUGACGGAAGAAAUAAAAAAGAAUUUUACGGUAGGACCGAAAAUAUGAACUCGAUGAUACUAGUUAUAUAUAAUAGGAUCAAGGAAGGCAAUGCGUGCUAUAAUUGGCUUCCGAAUACAUCAGACUUUUGAAGGUAUAUAAAAAAAAAAAGCUUACCUGGUGGCGUCGCCUUAUAAUUAUAAUUAUAAUUAUUGUUAUUAUUAUUAUUAUUAUUAUUAUUAUUACUACUAUUACUAUUAUUACUAUUAUGAUUAUGAUUAUCAUUGUUAUCAUCAUCAUCAUUAUUAUUAUUGUUAUUAUUAUUAUUAUUAUUAUUAUUAUUAUUGUCGUAUUAUUAAUUAUAUUGAUCUUAAAUAUUCCAUCGUUCAUGAAGAACACGUCGGAAGUCAUGGAUUUGCGCGCGACGCCGUUGUUAACGACGUUAAUGUAAUAUUAAUAAUGUAAUAUUAUUGCCAUCGUUACUACUGCUACUAUUAUCGUUAUUAUGAUUAUUACAAGUAUUAUCAUUAAUUUUA